AUGACGGAAAUGUUCGAGGUGAAACGUGUUAAGGUUCCAUCAGUUUUGACCGUUGACACUGGCCCCAGCGGGUUCCUGGCCUGGCGGGUCGAUGAGAGCUCUGCGGAUCCACAGGUGGUGCCCGCCGAGAGAAAUGCAGUUAGGGCUUCUCGCGCUGUGCGCCUCGCUUGUAGCACCCUGGUGGCGCAGGAGCAGCCUGGAAUCUUCAAGCGCCUAGCCGCCGCGGGAGAGGAUCUUCUGGAAAAGGCCUUGAACGACUUUGACGCCUGCUCCUGCAGCUGCUGCCAAGCCACCGCUCGCACGGUGCAGGAACAGGAACGCUCCGCGGAUGGCACGUCGCUGGUGACGCACAAGUGCAUCCAUCCAUACCCUGCCACAGAGAAAUGUCCAGCAGAGUGUGUUGCACGUGAUGCAGACCACAGUUUGGAGAAGGAGCAGUUUGUGAGUCGUGGAGCCGCGCUGGAUUAUGGGCGCUAUUGCUUCCACCAUUGCGUCCCUACGAUGAUGAUCAAUGGUGGCAGCUGUUCCCUGCCGGAGCAGCUUGCGCAGCAGCGCCAAAACGCCUCGGUGUUGCCCAGUGCUGUGGACAGCGCGUGGCAUCCGGACCUCGAAAUGGCCAAGGAGGCGCAGCCCUCACCGCCACCCGUGGUGAUGCCGAAGGAAGUGCCGCUGGCAACGAAAGAGGAAGCGGAAAUGAAGGAGAUCACCUGGGACCUCCGCGCCAUCCGCGCGCAGCGCGACCGCGCGGAGGAGGCGGCGGCCAUGGCGCGGGCCGUCUACGAUGCGGAGCGCGUCAAGUUGCACACCCACGAGAUUAAGCGCACGGCCAAGAUGCUCGAUCGGGUGAAGAAAAGCGUCAGCCAAGAUGCCAAGAGCUAUGAGCCUGAGGUGCUCAAGGCCAAGGCAAACGCAAGUGCAGCGGGCGAUGCUGCAGUCGAGACAUAUAAUGUCCUGAAGAAGGCUAAAGCCCAACUUCGCAAGGUAAGACAAGAGACCAGAGAGGUCGCGAGAAAGAUGCUCGUGGAGGCGACGGCCGCUGCGGCUCAGUCGGAGGCCGAGAGCUAUGUGCGGCGACUGCACCAGGACGACACCCCGGCGUACCGACGUCAGGUGGCAAAUGCUGCUAGCUUGCCAUAUGUCACCACCGCUUCUACAGGCCGCGAACGCGAAUCGCAGUACUUGGGCGUGGCUGAAGAGGAUGAGCGAAGAGCAAGGGAGGCUGAGAUCAAAAUGGAUGCUCUGGACAAGCAGGCGAAAGAGCUGCAGAUUGCUGGAGAUAGGGUUGCGGCUGGCAUGAUGAAGCGCGAAGCGACCAGCUGGCGCCACCAGGCAGAAGAUGCGAAAGCCUCUGCUGAGAGGAACCGUGCCACUGCGGCAGCUGCAAGGAAGUCCGCUAUUGGAUGGCAACACGCCGCUGAAGAUGCGUCAGAACAUGUGGCCCAUAUGUACGACCUGUCGGUGGCAACAACACCCACACCGCCACCGUUGGUCGCGAUUCCCUUGCCCCCGGCCUUCCGAUGA